AUGGCUCGUUAUCUGUGGUCAUGUGUGACAGUUUUGUGUUUAACGAAUUUCGCACUGGAAACUACGGAAGGACAAUCUGUGCCGUCCAACAAACAUGUCUGUGUCGUCGGAGCCGGUUACUCGGGUCUUGCGGCUGCUAGAUACCUUCAGGAGUACGGGCUCAACUUCACAGUCUACGAGGCGUCACGGUACAUCGGCGGCACAUGGAGGUUCGAUCCCCACGUCGGAACCGACGAAGACGGCCUGCCGAUGUUUACAAGCAUGUACAAGAAAUUAAGGACGAACACACCACGCCAGACCAUGGAGUACGCCGGUUUCAAGUUUCCAGAAGACACGCCGUCAUACCCCACGGGAAGUUGCUUUUAUAGCUACAUCAUGAAUUUCGUAAAAUAUUUUAACCUCAUGAAAUACAUUCAACUCCGGAGUCUAGUGACGCGAAUCAAGUGGGCUGGUGACCACUGGAAGCUGAUUUACAACAGUUCAGUUGACAAGAACAGUUACACGGUUGCCUGUGACUUCGUCAUCAUCGCUAAUGGGCAGUACAGCAAACCGAUACGGCCGACAUAUGAAGGCGAAGAUCUGUUCAAAGGAACUAUAAGGCACAGUCGAGACUACAAGGACCCGGAAGCGUUCAGAGAUCGAAGAGUGCUGGUGGUAGGCGCGGGCCCGUCCGGCCUUGACCUCGCCACCCACUUGGUGAACGUCACCAAGAAGCUGGUGCACAGCCACCACCUCGUUUACAACCAGCCGAACUUCCCAAGCAACUACUUGAAGAAGCCCGACAUAGAUUCGUUCACGUCAGAAGGCGUGGUGUUCCAGGACGGUUCGAUCGAGGAUGUCGAUGACGUCAUAUUUUGUACAGGCUAUGAAUUCGACCAUUCGUUCAUCGACGAGAGCGCCGGCCUGACGAUCGCCGGCAAGUUUGUGCUGCCCCUGUACCAGCACAUUGUCAACAUCAGACACCCGACUAUGACCUUCAUAGGCGUGGUCAAGAAAGUUAUCACCCGAGUAAUGGAUGCCCAGGCGCAGUACGCGGCCGCGUUAGCGGCAGGCCUAUUCGAGCUUCCGUCGCAGAAUGUAAUGUUGAAGAUCUGGUUGGAGCACGUGCGAAAUCUGCGCAGCAAAAACUUAAGGAUAAUAGACGUGAACCUCGUUGGCAACGAAAUGAAUGGCUAUUUCGCCAACCUGACCACGGAGGCCGGUGUGGUGCGGCCGGCGCCGGUGCUGCAGGACAUGCGCGACUUCAACGCGCAGAAUCGACUCGACGACCUACUUAACUACAGGGACUACGAUUACGAGCUUCUGGACGACUUCCACUACGAGAGGAGGUACAACCCUAGGCCGGAGGACUCGUGCGACAUGGACUAC